UAUUUACAUUUAGUACUAACUACUAAAUGACUUUAUCGCGCGUAUCCAAACCAUGGGCUUAUUACGUCUGUAACCCAAUCACCCCUCGUAACUCAAUCACCCCGGGGUCACCACUCGGCACCGUGCCCGGGGAAUAAUCCCGCGCAAGCAUCAUCCCGCCCUUUGUUAGGCCGUCAUUCGCGAACAGCCCUUCCCCAAGUACACACGUGUGUCACUGUAUCUAAUCGCUUUCGCUUUGUACGUUUCCUUUGUACACUUGGUACAAUAUUAACAUAAUCAUGUACAACUACCAAAUUCGUGAUAAGGUAAAUUGACACUUGUGACGCCAACAGUCUCCGUAACACAGAUCGUAGCGGGAAGGACUACAAAACAAGUAGUUACAGCUGACUUUAGGAGACGACAGUAUGGCCUUGCAGAAAGAGAGUCCAAGAUCCGACCAAGGGCCAGGAAGUGUGUUUGCGCCUGAGAUUGCUUUGGUGGAUCUCAACAACUCUAAGGGCCAUGGCUUUAAGUGUUAUCAGUACGAGGGUAUAUAUUGGAGUUUGUGGCCUCGUCAAAUAUCCAAGGGGAAAAGUCCAGUUGAAGAAUUCAAACGUCUAAAAGAAUGCACAAUGGAAGAGGAUGACAUCAUCAUAUGUGCAUAUGCCAAAUGUGGAACCCACUGGCUGUGGGAGGUUAGCGAGAUGCUCAAAAGUGGAACCAUUCAGUAUAAGAAGCAGACGAAAGAGACCCGAAUGAUAGAGUUUAUACAAAAAGAGGGAAUCGACAGUCUACAAAAGCCUAGAAUACUGAACACACAUCUUCCUGUGCGCAUGCUCCCUACACAGGUCGUGGAGAAGAAGGUCAAGUGUAUCCAGAUCAUGCGCAAUCCUAAAGAUGUAUGUGUGUCUUUUUACAACCACAAGAAGAACAUAUUACCUUCCAUUGGCUACGAGGGGGACUUCGUGGAGUUCACAGAGGCGUUUUUGUUGGGGAAAUUGCCGUUUGGAUCCUACCACAACUACCUGCUGACAUGGCAGAAAGAAGUAGCCAGAGAACCGAACCUACCUGUACUCACCCUGCACUAUGAGGUCAUGAAGGUGGAUCCUGUCAGGUGUAUAAAAGACAUUGCCACUUUCCUGAAUAUUACUGUAACAGAUACAUUCUGUGAAGGCAUAGCCGAGGCGUGCAGCUUUGAUAAAAUGAAGCAGUUUGACAAAGAGGAAAAGCACAUGCAUUUGUCACUCUGGAAGGAAGGAUCUGGGGGGUCCUUUUACAGAAAAGGUGAGGUUGGGGACUGGAAGAACUGGUUCACGGUUGCAGAGAACGAGAAAUUUGAUCGCAUUUGGAAUGACAAAAUGAAGGGAUCUGGCAUCCAAUUCAUGUACACAUUGUGAGAAUGUACAUUGGUGAAUCGUUUGUCAAAGUGCUGAUGAAACUUUUCAUCAGCUAAUCUAAGUGGCAUUCCAUUGUGGUGAGGAAGACCCCAAACCCUUCCGUAUUUGAUAAUAUAUUGCAGUUAUAAAAGAUAAACGGUUUUGAGGUUGUCCAAUAAAAGCCUGAUCAGGAAUAUGUU